AUGAGUAAAGAGGUGAAGACAAAUGUUCCGGAGUCUUUUCUGAAGAAACAGAAGAGAGCUGAAGAAUGGUCUUUGGCUAAAAAUCAAGAAUUUGAAGCCGCCAAGAAGAAAAGGGCUGAGAACCGUAAGCUGAUUUACAGCAGGGCUAAGCAGUAUUCUCAGGAAUACGAGGAACAGGAAAAGGAAUUGAUUAGUUUGAAGCGUGAGGCUAAGCUUAAAGGUGGAUUUUAUGUUGAUCCAGAGGCUAAGCUCUUGUUCAUUAUUCGUAUUCGUGGUAUUAAUGCCAUGGACCCAAAAACAAGGAAAAUCUUGCAACUAUUUCGAUUGCGUCAGGUUUUUAACGGGGUUUUCCUCAAAGUUAACAAAGCUACAUUGAACAUGUUGCACAGGGUUGAGCCAUAUGUGACUUAUGGGUACCCUAAUUUGAAGAGUGUUAGGGAACUCAUUUACAAGAGAGGUUAUGGAAAGCUAGACAGGCAGAGAACUCCUCUCACUGACAACUCAAUCAUUGAGCAGGGUCUGGGAAAGCAUGGAAUCAUAUGCAUUGAAGAUCUUAUCCAUGAGAUUUUGACUGUUGGACCCCAUUUCAAGGAGGCAAACAACUUCCUAUGGCCAUUCAAGCUCAAGGCUCCUUUGGGUGGCUUGAAGAAGAAGAGGAACCACUAUGUUGAAGGAGGUGAUGCUGGAAACCGUGAGAAUUACAUCAAUGAGCUCAUCAGGAGAAUGAAUUAG